UUGAUGUUGAUGUCAGCAUGGGGAUGAGCUUGGUGGGACUUGCGUUGGAUGACAGCUGAUCCCCUCCGUGGCGUAGAUGAUCAGCCAGAUCGGAUCAUCUGCAACGUGUACGAGUACUGACAGGCAGGGAAAAAACGCCUGAUCUGAUUUGUCUUAUGAGUAUUAUUAAAGCGAUUUUUAUGGCAGAAAGAAAACGGGCACCCGUUACAUCGUUAAAGUUCUUCUGCUGUUUUUGGUCGCGUCUUUUCAACAAGGCUGUGUAACCACACAUACAUUUGAGAGCACAGAGUCAGGUGAUGAGUGAACAUGGAGGCCGGAUCGGUGGUGCGUGCCGUGUUCGAGUUCCUGCCCAGCGUGUCAGAAGAACUUCCUCUGUUUACUGGUGAUGUCAUCGAAGUACUUAGCGUUGUCGAUGAAUUCUGGCUGCUUGGUGUCAAAGAUGGAGUCACGGGCCAGUUUCCCAGCACUUUUGUGGAAGCUGUUACAAUUCCAAGCACUAAGACAGGAGAGAAUCUGUAUGUGUGCAUCAAUGACUUUCAUUCUUCAGAGAUCGGAAACUUACCCUUAAAGAGAGGUGAUGUAGUUGCUGCUGAAGAUGCGGUGGAUGCGGUAUGGAUGAGAGGACGAAAUGCAUGGGGCUCACGUGGACUGUUCCCCACGUCGUGUGUUAAAGAGCUGGCGCUCUCGGGUCAAUCCAGGCAGCUUUCGGAGCGCAGUGCGGCUGCCCAGGCCUCCGAGCUCCCCCCGCAUGCCCUCGGUCAAGCCCGCGCUCUUAUGAGUCUCCACGCCCAGCUAGACGAGGAACUGGACUUUCGUGAGGGUGAUGUCAUCACCAUCAUAGGCCUGCCUGAGUCUGGCUGGUUCCAGGGUGAGCUGGACGGACGGACAGGGAUUUUCCCUGAGGGCUUCGUUGAGCUGUUCGCACCCCUGCGCUCGCCACAGGAGGAGCACGAACCUCAGAUCCUCGAACAGUAUUCGGCUUACAGCACGGAAGAAGAGGUGAGGGAUGAGGAGGAGAGAGAUGAGGAAAGUCCAGUGGAGACACAACAGCAGGUUGAAGAGGAGGAGGAGGAGGAGGAAGAAGAGGGAGCUGUUUAUGGUGUAGCACUUUAUGAAUUUCGGGCAAUUGAGCCUGGCGAGCUGGACUUUGAUGUUGGGGAUAGGAUACGUAUCCUGGCCACACAAGAAGAUGGUUGGUUGGAGGGGCAAAUACAUGGCAGGAGAGGAGUUUUCCCUCAUCGAUUUGUCAAGAUGGAGGGGCAGCUGCCAGUUGCACCACAACCAGAGACUUUAGUUAGGGAAAUUUGUGAGCCUGAGAGGCAUGAGGAGGAAGUGUUUUACACUCCAGAGUAUAUCUCGACGCCACAGGAUUACAUAAUUCCAGAAUACGGGCACGAUUGGGCUACUCAAGAAGACCACACAGUGUGGGACCUGGAUUACUUUGAGCGCAGAGAGGAAGAAAGAAAAGAGGAAGAUGUUCAAUGCUUGCUCUCCGAUAUAAAUUCUCAAGAGACAAAUACAAUGCAAAAUCCAUCACAAGUCCGAAGGAGAGAGAGACCCCCACCUCCUAACACACAACCCAACAAUGUGAGUAGCAUUGGAGUUCAAAGGACAAGCAAAGGCAGUCACACUCGCCCCCAGUUGCCUCCUAGACCCAGUCUGCACGCCCUUAGCAACAGACAGUACAGCACCAGUUCCCACACCAGCUUACGAGAACCUCCACGAGCACCACCCACUAAAACCUCACCCAAUUCCACCUGGACAAGAAACAAAGGCCACUAUGCCUCUCAUGAUAGCAGACUUCCCUUCAGCAGUAAAAUUUCGACUCGAUCUGGUCGAAACCAGAAGAAUAGGCAGAAGGUGACCCGGCACGCAAGCAUCAAUGAUGCAGACCUUAUAUCCAAUGGUCGCAGGGACCGCGAUGCAUGGUCACAGGGAUCGAGCUCCAAUGGAUUACCCACAUCUCAGACGACUGGGGCUGAGAAUCUGUCACCUGGUGAUCUUGAAGCCAAGCUCUCCCAGCAGCUGAUCGAGUUCGAAAACAGUUUACCGGGUCGAGGGAACGGAACGACAGAACAGAGCCGAUGGGAGGAGCUCAGCGCCGGAUGGGGCAACAAAGUUUCCCGCCACUACUCCAUUAUGGACUACAGCAGUGAGAAUGACAUCAUUCGUGGCUCCUCCCACUCCCCAGUCGACCACCUGUUCCUCCACACUCCCUCCCCAGCUGGCUCCGCCCCCUCCUCUCUGGAGAGGCAAAAAUCGCUACGCCCACCUCCUCCUCGACCACGGGUCCUAAGGCCACCAGCUCCUAUUACUCAUCAGCCUUACAAACCGGCACGGCCAGCACCACGCCCACCUCCUCCAUGCCUCCGCCCACCUCAACCCGCAUCCAACCCCUUCUACCAUACACCAGAAGAGGAUGAGGUAGUUGAGGAGGUGGAGGAUGCAGAGGAUGCUCUAGAGAAAGAGAUGGAGAGAGAAAGAGAGAGAGAAAAGGAGCAGUACAGGUUGCUUCUGAGGCUGGAGGAGGAUGCAGAGGAUGCUCUGGAGAAAGAGAUGGAGAGAGAAAGAGAGAGAGAAAAGGAGCAGUACAGGUUGCUUCUGAGGCUGGAGGAGGUGGAGAAAGACAUUGAUAUUUACUCUCACACAGCUCAGGAGCUUCAGGCCAUGCUGGAAGAGGAGCAGGAUGAGACCUCAAGACAACAAGCAUUAGAAAAUCUGGAGUUCUGCACGUAUACCAUGGAAACACUGACUCUGGAACAGCAGCAACUACAAGAGAUGACCCUACUCGCCUCUCAGCCCAAGUCUCUUGAACCAUCCCCUGCAUCAGCGGCCACCACUGAAGAUCCUGAACAGAGGAUGCUGGAGAAGAGAUUAAAAGUCAUCGAUGAGCUUCUGCAGACAGAGCACGACUUCAUUAAGGAUCUUCAGAUGUGUGUCAAGGAGAUCAUUCAGCCUCUGCAGGAGAAACAGGUCCAGAGUAUUGACUUUGACGGUCUCUUUGGAAACAUCAACUCCGUAAUCGACCUCUCCCGUCGACUUUACAAGAGUCUCCAGGAUACAGACUCCAUAGGUAAUGUGUUCUUGGAAUACAAAAGUGAAUUGGAAGAGGUUUACAAGGUCUAUUGCCAAAAUCACGAUGAUGCUAUCUCAUUACUGGAGGCCUAUGAAAAGGAUGAGAACAUCCAGAAACACGUGCUCGAGUGUCUGGAGAAGCUCAGAGGGAUAUACCGUGAGUGGGGAAAGACGAACUACAUUAAUCUGGGUUCCUUCUUGAUAAAGCCGGUUCAGAGAGUAAUGCGAUACCCGCUGCUGCUGAUGGAACUGCUCAACACCACACCAGAGUCACACCAUGACCGCAAACAACUCACAGAGGCUGUCAUGUCCAUCAAAGAAAUCAAUGUUAACAUCAAUGAAUACAAGAGGAGAAAAGAUCUUGUGGUGAAGUAUCGCAAGGGUGAUGAAGAUCGACUCAUCGACAAGAUCUCAAAGCUGAGUAUGCACUCCAUCAUCAAGAAGUCCAACCGAGUAAGCAGCCAUCUGAAACACCUGACUGGAUUUUCACCUCAGAUUAAAGAUGAAGCUUUCGAUGAAGCAGAGAAAAGAUUCAGACUCCAGGAGCGACUGAUUAAAUCCUUCAUCAGGGAUAUAUCCCUCUAUCUACAGCAUAUAAGGGAGUCUGCGUCAGUGAAGGUGCUGGCCGCCAUCAGUUUCUGUGACGUCUAUACAGAACGACAACAGCAGAUGGAUCCUGAACGCUUCCAGAAAGCUCAUCGGUGUAUCAGCGACAAACAGUUUACAGAAUUUAAAGAGAGGACAGAAGCUCUGGUCAUCGCUCCCCUCACCCAGUUGCUCAACAUGUUCGCCGGGCCGCACAAACUGAUACUGAAGCGCAAAGACAAGCUUCUAGACUACGACAACUGUAAGGAGCGCGCGGAGAGGUUAAAAGACAAACGCGUUCAAGAGGAACUCCAGGCCGCCAGGAACAACUACGAAGCCCUGAACGCCCAACUGCUCGAUGAGCUGCCGAAAUUUCACCGCACGGCCGAAGAGCUGUUUAUUAGCUGCGUGAGAGGCUUCUCCCAGGCCCAGAAAGACUUCAUCUCGCUCACAGUGCGAGAGCUCACGCCACUACUGCAGCUGUCUGGAUUGGCUGGUACAGAAGGGAAUCUGGUAUCCUUGUUUCAAGAGGAACACACACGGGUGAUGGAUUUACUCCAGAGCUUCAGUUUCUUCCCUGACAACCUUCCCACUACUGUGCGCAAGACGAUUGAAAAGAAGACUGUGGAAAAACAGAGCUCCAAGAAAAUUCAAGGCCCUCCAAACUACGUGCUGCAGACCGACAAGCAACGAGCCGGGCUUUUGGCAAGAUACGGACCAGAAAAACUCUUCCAGGCUGAGAGGAACUUUAAUGCAGCACAAGACCUGGAUGUGUCUUUACUGGAGGGGGAUAUGGUGGGUGUCAUCAAACAACAAGAUCCCAUGGGCAGUCAGAACCGCUGGCUUAUAGACAAUGGAGCUACAAAGGGCUUCGUGUACAGUUCGUUCCUAAAGCCCUACAACCCGCGCACGAGCCAGUCAGAUGUUUCCAUAGAGAGUCAGUCAUCAAAUGAGUCGGGCUACGGUGGCUCCUCCCCUAGGUUCUCACGGCAGAACAGCGACAGCACUCUCGUCUUCAACCAAGAAGCAGCGACUGUCAGCUUCUCGACGGCCACGCCUCCCCUCCAAACACACACUCGCCAUGACACGACCCCUAGGAAAAACAGAGAGGCCUCCACCAAUCAGAGAGAUUCCCUCGACCCCACCUACAGAAACUCCCCAAAUGGCAAAGAACCGUCUGAGACAGCCUUACGUAUUAACAGGGACUAUGAACCUUCAUACAGAAGUCCCACCAAUCACAGAGACUCUUUAGACUCAGGUCAGAUCACUCCGACCAAUCACAGAAACCCCUCGGACUUCUCAGAGACGGACUCCUCCAAUAGGAACUCUAGAUACGAGUCGUCUUCGAGGUACAGCAAUGGUUCAAACGGUUCGCUGCAGAGACGAAAUGGAGAUUAUUCGGUACAGCAGAAGAGUCCACAGUUCCCUCCUGAUGAAUAUAUAGAUCCAGAACCAGAGAUGGAUGGCAACCAGAUAUAUUAUGCGCUCUACUCAUUCAGUGCCCGGUGUUCGAAUGAACUCAGCGUUUCAGCCAAUCAGAGGGUCCGAAUUCUUGAGUUCCAGGACAUGAAUGGAAACCAGGAGUGGUGGCUUGGCGAGGCCGGGGGGCGAAGGGGUUACAUCCCAUCCAAUUACAUACGCAAAUCGGAGUACACAUGAUCUUUAGCCACACCGGACGACAACUCAGUGAGGAGAAAAACACUACAAUAGGACAUGUUUGUGCCUUAACUAUUACGGAAAUGCACUGAUGUGGUGAACUGGUUAUUGCUGCCAAUACUGGAUGAAAAACAUCACCAUAAUAAAAGCAUUUAAUGCUCCAGUCUCUGUAUUUUGUAGAAGUGAAUGUAACUCAUGUGUGCCUCCUAGUGGUUAAAGAAGGAAUAGCACACGACUGUAAAACGUUUGGGUUGGGCGUGCCUAAUCUACCAGGGUACUCCGGUUAUAGUGUUAGCGCUUAAAUGCUCGGUAGAGAGCUUAAAUCUCUUGAAUGUUUAAGAGUGGACUUGUUUAGGACGUGUGUAUGACACUGGAGAGAGACUUAUGUUGAUCUUCCAGUACUGGCAUGGUGGUGAUGCCCGUAAGCAUGCGCGAGUAAAUGAAUGAGUGUUUGUGUGUUAGAGACAAAUGCAUUGAGUUGAGUGUGUUUGAAUCAUUACAGCUCUCAGAUCAUAGCAAUAUUAUCACUGGUGACUGUUUCAUAUUCCUGAAAAAUACAUAAAUGAAAUGCAGCAGACACUUUUUUAAGGUACAGUGUUUUUUUACCUUUUUACUUUUGAUAGCAUUGAGUUUGCACUUGUGAAUGAAUUUGCAAAUUUAUCCUGUUGUUUUGAGCGGUUUAUAAGGGCACCAUUGAGCUAAUUUUUUGAUGUGAUCCCUAAAAUAUGAUCCUCCUGUCAUAUUUAUCUGAUGCUGUAUAUACUGAGAAUGUUCUUCUGCACUCCAGUGUCAACUGAUCUGUUUCUCUUCUUUUGAAUACAAAUAAAUCAGUUGAA